AUGAAGAGUGAUCUAGAAGGUUCAGUGAUUGUCAUCAUGAUAGCUUUCACUGAUUACCAUCAUGAUUACCAUCAUGUGAUGGUAAUCACAAAGGUAAAGAAGCGUACUCAACAUGCUUUAAUUGAUGGUCAUCAUGUGAUGGCAGUCAUAAUGAUCAUCAGUGAUGGCUUAACUUGGAUGCAAGCUUUCAUGCAAGUAAGGUCACGUGAUGGCAAUCAGAUAGGUAAAGUAGCGUACUCACUUAAUGUAUGUGAGUGA